AUGGCUUGUCCUGCCUGGGUUCAGCGUUGGGUUCACCCAAAGGAUUCUGUGGUGAUUAUUACAGGCGCUGGCUCUGGAAUUGGUAUGGCCACCGCCCUUCUGGCUGCCGAGCAGGGAUACCAAGUCGCCGCGUGGGAUAUUGUGGAGGGAGGAGUACAGAAGACUAAGGAGCUUGCGGGUGAUCUUUCAAGUCAGAUCUACCCGAUUAUCUGUGAUGUUGCGGAUGAAACUGCUGUGAAAGCGGCCAUGGAGAAAACGGUGGCAAUCGGCAAACCUCACAUGCUCGUAAAUAACGCGGGUCCCGUUGCUAUUGGCAAGACGGCCGGGUUCAUGGACAUGACUAGUGCUGCCUUCGGCAUGGUUCACUUUAUCACAACUGCAUUCUUGGACACCAAUCCCGUGGAAGGAUCAAGCAUUGUGAACAUCUCUUCGGUCGUCGGUCCCAUUUUCGGAGGAGGCGGUCCCUGGUACGCCGCUGCAAAGGCCGGAAUUGCAGGUUACACCAAGAACUUGGCAGUCCAACUCAAGGGCUCUACACGUGUCAACACCGUUGCCCCUGGCGGACGUAAGGGCUCUCCUGAUUCUGCUGCACGUGGAUUGAAGGCUGACAAUUUUCCCCUCAUAGCUAUUCGGACACCACGUAACUCCAAGUUCAUCGACGAGGGUGUCUUCAGCAAGACCCUAGAAAGAAACCCGACAGGCCGUCCCGGAAAGCCGGAGGAACUGGCGAAUGGUAUCCUCUUCUUGCUUUCACCAGCUGCCAGCUAUAUCAAUGGCCAUUUGCUAGCCAUCGAUGGAGGUCUCAGCAUUGCAGAGUAA